AACACAUUUUCCAGACAAGUAGGAAAGCUAUUCGAUGGCUAGUAAUGUGCCGGCGGCAGCGCUGAAGAGGUCGGAGACAAUAGCUGACACCAUGCCGGAGGCCUUGCGCCAAAGCCGUUACUACAUGAAGAAAUGCUUCGCCAAAUACACCGAGAAAGGAAAACGAUUGAUGAAAGUCGCCCAUUUGAUGGGAGAGAUGGAGCAAGUGAUCGAAGAUCGCGCUGAAAGGACACAUUUACUCGAAGGCUUGCUCGGAUACAUCUUGUGCACAACUCAAGAAGCAGCUGUGGUGCCACCAUAUGUGGCAUUCGCCAUCCGACCAUCGCCUGGAUUCUGGGAGUACGUUAGAGUUAGCGCCAACGAUCUUUCUGUCGAGGGAAUAACCGCGAUCGAUUACCUUAAAUACAAGGAAAUGACUGUAGAUGAGCAAUGGGCCAACGACGAAAAUGCACUCGAGAUCGAUUUUGGAGCAAUGGACUUCUCCACGCCUCAUCUCACCCUUUCUUCCUCCAUUGGCAAUGGGGUGAGCUACAUCUCGAAAUUCCUCACGACGAAGGUCAAUAAAAACAGCCCCGAAAGCGCGCAAUCACUCGUUGAUUAUUUGAUGUCGUUGAAUCACCAAGGCGAGAAAUUAAUGAUCAACGAGACUUUGAACACCGCGGCAAAGCUUCAAAGCGCGCUUAUUGUGGCCGAAGCUGCCCUGUCUUUGCUACCUCAUGACACGCCUUACCAAAGCUUCGAGAUGAGGUUUAAAGAAUGGGGCUUCGAGAAGGGGUGGGGGGAUAGCGCUGGUAGUGUUCGUGAGACAAUGCAUUUGUUGUCGGAGAUAUACCAAGCUCCCGAUCCACAGAACAUGGAGAAGUUCUUUGGAAGGCUUCCUAUAAUCUUUAACGUCGUGCUAUUUUCUGUGCACGGAUAUUUCGGGCAAUCGGAUGUUCUUGGUUUGCCAGACACCGGCGGGCAGGUAGUUUAUGUAUUGGAUCAAGUGGUUGCAUUAGAAGAGGAAUUACUUGCAAGGAUUAAGAAACAAGGCCUUAAUGUGAAGCCUCAAAUUCUUGUGGUGACGAGACUCAUCCCCGAUGCGAAAGACACCAAAUGCAAUGUAGAAUUCGAAGCGAUCAACAACACGAAGCACUCCCACAUCCUUAGAGUUCCCUUUGCUACCGAAGAUGGAGCCAUUCUUCGACAAUGGAUUUCGCGGUUCGACAUAUAUCCUUACUUGGAGAAGUAUGCUCAGGAUGCUUCCGAGAAAAUUGUCCAAGUCAUGGAAGGAAAACCCGACCUAAUAAUCGGGAACUACACCGAUGGAAAUCUUGUGGCAUCGCUCGUUGCUAGAAAACUCGACACAACUUUGGGAACGAUCGCACAUGCUUUGGAGAAGACUAAGUACGAAGAUUCGGACAUCAAGUGGAAGGAGUUCGACACGAAAUAUCACUUCUCAAGUCAGUUUACGGCAGAUUUGAUAUCGAUGAACUCUGCUGAUUUUGUCAUCACUAGCACGUACCAAGAAAUCGCGGGCAGCAAAGAUCGACCAGGACAAUAUGAAAGCCACGGAGCAUUUACACUUCCCGGGCUAUAUAGAGUUGUAUCGGGAAUCAAUGUAUUCGAUCCAAAGUUUAACAUAGCUUCUCCGGGAGCGGACCAGUCGGUCUACUUCCCUCAUACGGAGAAAGAGAAACGGUUCACCACUUUCCGAGCCUCCAUCGAAGAACUACUCUUCAGCAAAGUCGAAAAUGUCGAACACAUAGGAUUCCUAAAAGACCGUACAAAGCCUAUAAUUUUCUCGAUGGCAAGACUCGAUGUAAUCAAGAACAUCACGGGGCUAACCGAGUGCUACGGUAAAAACAAGAGGCUUCGAGAGCUCGCCAAUCUAGUCAUAGUAGGCGGCUUCUUCGAUCCUUCAAAAUCCAAAGACAGGGAAGAAGCAUCAGAAAUCACGAAAAUGCAUUCUUUGAUCGAAAAAUAUCAGCUCAAGGGGAACAUGCGAUGGAUCGCAGCGCAAACCGACAGGAAGCGCAAUGGCGAGCUGUACCGCGCAAUUUCAGACACUAAAGGAGCUUUCGUGCAGCCGGCACUCUACGAAGCAUUCGGUCUGACAGUAAUCGAGGCCAUGAACUGUGGUCUUCCCACUUUUGCAACCAACCAAGGAGGCCCGGCCGAGAUCAUUGUCGAUGGGGUUUCAGGCUUCCACAUUGAUCCUCUUAAUGGCGACGAGUCGAGCAACAAAAUCGCUGAUUUCUUCCAGAAGUGCAAAGAGAAUCAAGAUUAUUGGAACACGAUUUCGAUCCAAAGCCUGCAACGAAUAAACGAAUGCUAUACGUGGAAAAUAUAUGCGAACAAAGUUCUAAACAUGGGAUGCAUAUACACAUUCUGGAGGCAAAUUUACGGCGCAGAGAAGCAAGCCAAGAAAAGAUACAUUCAGACAUUUUACAAUCUUCAAUUCAAGAACUUGGUGAAGAAUAUAACCUUUAAGAAGGAUGAAACACCUGCGCAAGAGCCUCCAAAGGAGAAGCCAAAACCGAAGCCACAGCUCUCACAAAGAUUCAGCUCAUUAUUACACUGUUUCUUUGUGUCCAGGCGAUCUCGAUCUACAUUGCAAAGGUUGUUUGGAUCCUCGUGAAGGCUCCCAAGAAAUGGUGGAAAGGAUGUGAAGAUGGAACAAAUGGUGCAGAAGAAGUAAUCGAAAUAAUUAUGUGAAUAUGUAAAGAUUUGUAGAUCACAAAAUAUGGAUAAAAAUAAAAGAAGGGAUUUAUGAAAUGUGUGAUUUAACAUUGAUAAUAUGAUACAAAUUUGUUUA